CCUGGUGUAGGCUGUGGCUCAGUGGGUUAGUGUGCUGAGCACUGGUUUAAACCCCACUGCAGUCAGUAGUACUGACAGUAUAUGUGAGGUGCUUUGGGUAAAAGCAUCUAACAGGUGACAUGUAAAAGGAAACCCUGUUUGCUCCUUUAUGGUCUUAAAUAUCACAAAUUAACAUGAUCUGGAAAACAAAUUGCAGGUAAAAUAAAAUAAGGAUAAACCAGGAAGCACCCGUCUUAAAGAUCACACCUUGGUUUAUUCAGCUACAGUUUUUUUUGGGCUAAAUUUGCCUUAAAAAAAUAACUACAAAAUCCUUGAUUCCUCUGAACUCACCUACCUACUCCUGGUUCCUCCUGAAGCUGUCACUCAGACAGGAGGAACUAGUCAAUUUUUCAGGACUAUUUUUAGCUGUGUAUUAACACACUUGUGGUAAUUGUGUGUGUUGACAGGACGUUGACCCUGAGUCACGUGACUUAUAUGAACCAGCCUCGCUGCUUCUUCUAAAACGGCAGCGAAAUUGAAAAGUGAAAAGAAAGAAAGCUGAAGUGAAACUGAAGCUGGUCGGGUGUAUCCUCACCAGACUCGAUGCCAUGUCCGCACAUGGCGCCUUUAAUUCCCUGACAGAGGAGAUCCUCCUGUUGGGUUUUUAUUUAAAUGCAUCUUUUAAAAUACCUGCAAUGUCCGACUCCUCCUGCAGAUCUCCUGAGAAGAACAGCCAGAGUAACGUCAGUGAGGGAUGUGAGGGCCAGGGCCAGGGUUCAGAAGACGAAGGCAAGAGGAUGAAGAAGAGAGAGAAGAACAGAGUUGCAGCGCAGAAGAGCCGAAAGAGACAUACACAGAGAGCCGACCUUCUGCACCAGACCUGUGAGCUGUUGGAGCAGAGGAACAGGAAGCUGAGGAGGGAGGUGGAUUCUCUGUCUGAGGAGCAGCGGCAUCUGUCCGACACUCUCCGGGCCCACGAGCCUCUCUGUCCCAUCAUGCACUGCUCCUUAUCAUCGUCCAGCCCGCAGCCGGACACCAUGACAGCCUGCAGGACUUUCUGAAGGUCGAGGAGCAUUAAGAAAAAACAACACAAAUAUUUAAAAAUGUAUUCUGAAAACAACACGAGCUUCUUUGGAGUAGUGAAACUGGGUAUUUAUGUUAAAUGUGCAUUGUAAAGCAGAAAAUAAAUAUGGAUAUUUUAUUAAUGAUAAUUACAAAGAAAUAGUGCAGGAUAAUGGGAAAUGUUUUUGCUAUGUCAGUCUGUUAAAGCAUCUGUUUUUCUGAAAGUAUUUCUGUGUAAACCCACCCAGGGUGUAAUUCAGCAGUGCACCCACAGAGGGCGCUGUUGUCCAUGUCUAAAGACAGUGGGGACUACAGGUGUGAAGUGCAGCUGGAGCGCCCUCUGGUGGACAGUCCUGUAAUACACGAGAUUAUAUAUCAGUAUAGCAAACAAAGGGACAGCUCUUCUCAUCAUAAGUCAUUACUGAUUUGAGAUCAAUGUUUUUAAAUGAAUGUCUUACAGUAAAAUAAUAAUUCAAAACA